UUUGUGUAAUGAAUGCAGUGAUCUUCUCAAAAGUAAAAACAAGAGAGACCUGGGAGGAAAAAAGACAGCAGCAUCAUGUUAUUAUCCAGUUAAGGUGUACAUAAAGAUAUCUGAAUUCUCAAGAGACCAUCCAGAUAAACAAAAACAUUGACUAAGAGUGUUAUCUUGAAAAUCCUUUAAAACUGAAAUUAGGCAAGAGUUUCUGCUCAAAAUUGAUUUUCUUAAUAAAAUGAAAAAACAGCUUUAUGACUAAUAAAUCUGCACUGAGCCACUACUGUCAGUGUUUGCUCUGGUUUACAGUUGUAUCACUUGUCAAAGAUUAAUGGAAAAAACACCAGUCUCCCUUUUCAUGGCAAAAUCUACAGUCAAACAAAUUUGACAUGCAAAUACGCUUCACUCAACCAACACUCCCUGGGAAGAUGCAAAAGUGAUCCUCUCAUCCCUGCCUGCAUCAAUCCACACUUUCAAAAACAGGCCUUGGUCUGUUUGGCAAUCCACAUUGAGCUUCCACAGCAGCCGUGUGUGAGGUAGAGGUAAAGUAUGGACAUGUCUGGUGUUGUGUUUCUUUCCUUAGGCUGGUUGAUGCUGCAGUUAGCUGAUGCAGAACUGGAUUACAUCUCUCAGGGACAGGGGAUGCAACUGCAGGGCGACUUCACCAUCGCUGGACUCUUUCCUCUCCAUUACACAGAUGGACAAAAUGCUAGUUUACCUGCUCUGGGUCCAUGCAAUGAAGGUACACCCAACAAACAUGGAUUUCACCUGAUGCAAGCCAUGAGAUUUGCUGUGGAAGAAAUCAACAACAGCACCGGGCCGCAGCUUCUUUUACCAGGAGUGAAGCUGGGCUACCAGCUGUAUGACAUCUGCUCGGUACCGGCCAGUGUCCUGGCCACACUGGACCUGCUGGAGCAGCAGUAUCAGAGCCCCUCAACAUCUGGGACAGAGGGAGACACAGACCCAAACUACAACAACAGUCAAAGGGCAGUGGCUGUGAUUGGGCCGGACAGCAGCAGCAAAACAUUCAUCCCUGCUGCUUUACUGGGAGCCUAUCUUGUACCACAAAUCUCUUAUGAAGCAUCAAACGAAAUGCUGAGCAAUAAGUUCCUCUAUCCAGCCUUUCUCCGCACAAUUCCCAGUGACAAAAACCAGGUUGCAGCUAUGAUCCAGCUUCUGAUUCAUUUCAACUGGACCUGGAUUGCUCUCUUAGGCAGUGACAACACCUAUGGCCUGAAGGGAAUGCAGAGCCUGUCCCAGCAAGCACCACACCACGGCAUCUGCAUCGCCUACCAAGGAGUCAUCCCCUCAUCCAGACAUGAUACAAUCCAGACCAUGAGGAACAUGGUGGAAAACAUACUGACUACAAAAGUCAACACCAUCGUGGUCUUCUCCAGCAAGUCAAUACUCAGUGGCUUCUUCCCGUUUGUCGUUGCGCGGAAUGUGACCGAUAAGGUGUGGAUUGGGACAGAGGACUGGUCAGUGUCUUCUCUUAUAUCAGGGAUAACUGGGAUCAAUACCAUUGGCACUGUGCUUGGCAUGUCCGUCAAAUAUGCAGCCAUAUCUGGUUUUGAGGAGUUUGAGAGAAAGGUAGUUGAGGCUUCAAUGCAACACAGUGACACCCAGGAAGUCUCUAAUGCUACCAUGAGCCCAGGCAAUGACUGUCUGCAGAGCACAGACCUGUACAGCCUCGCCAGGAAGAAUUUUCCUCUGGAGAAAUAUGACAUCACCUCCUCCUUCAAUGUGUAUAAGGCAGUGUAUGCUGUGGCCCAUGCUCUGCACCAAGCACUUGGUUGUGAUUCUGGAGAGUGCCAAAGGAGGAAGGUGUAUCCAUGGGAGCUUCUCCCGUGGCUUAAGCAGGUGCAGUUCUCUCUGGACAACACCUCAGUGUACUUUGAUAUGAAUGGUGACCCAUCCACAGGAUAUGACAUUGUUUCCUGGGUUUGGAGGGGGACGAACUGGUCUCUCAGAGAAGUGGGCUCCUUCAGCCCAGAUCCCAUUACGCUCAUAAUUGAUGCUGAUCAAAUUGAGUGGCACGACACAGGAGAUUCAAGUACAGUGCCGCUGUCCAUCUGCUCUCCACCUUGCCCGAGAGGAUACAAGAAGCUGUUGACAGGGCAACACACAUGUUGCUUUGACUGCCAGGCCUGUCCCGCUGCUACAUUCCUCAAUAUAAGUGAAGACACUACAUGCCAGCCUUGUCUGCCGGAGCAGUGGGCUCCCCCGAGCAGCGAGCAGUGUCUGAACAGGACCGUCCUGCUGCUCGCCUGGGACGCCCCCCUCUCCAUCGCCCUGCUCUUCUUUCUGGCCACCUGUCUUCUCAUGACCUCCAGCUCUGCAAUAAUCCUCCUGCUCAACCUGAACACGCCCGUAGCCAAGUCUGCCGGAGGCCGCACCUGCCUCCUGAUGCUGGCAGCCCUGACUGCCGCUGCUAUGAGCUCUUUGUGCCAUUUUGGCCAGCCGUCUCCUCUGGCCUGCGUCCUCAAGCAGCCUCUAUUCAUCUUCAGCUUCACUGUGUGCCUGGCCUGCAUCACGGUGCGCUCCAUCCAGGUCGUCUGCAUUUUUAAAUUUGCAUCCAAGCUGCCGCCGGCCUAUGACAAGUGGGCCAAAAAACACGGGCCAGAGGUUACCAUUUUCCUGGUGUCCGUCACCAUAUUGCUCAUAUCUGUGCUCCGUGUGGCCGCCAACCCUCCCCAGCCGUCCCAGGAUCUUGACUUCUACAAGGACAGCAUUGUGCUGGAGUGCAGCAACACCCUCUCACCUGGUGCAGGCCUCGAGCUCGCUUAUGUGUCACUGCUCAGCAUCCUCUGCUUCUCUUUCAGCUACAUGGGCAAAGACCUGCCAGCCAACUACAACGAGGCCAAGUGUGUCACCUGCAGCCUCAUGGUGUACAUGAUCUCCUGGAUGAGCUUCUUCACAGUCUACCUCAUCAGCAGAGGCCCGUUCACCAUGGCCGCACACGUCUUUGCCACACUCGUCAGCGUCCUGUCCUUCCUUGGGGGCUACUUCCUGCCCAAAAUGUAUAUUAUUGUCCUGAGGCCGCAAAUGAACACGACUGCCCAUUUCCAGAACUGUAUUCAAAUGUAUACCAUGAGCAAACAAUGAAGCUUGUAAUUAUUUCAGUUGAUGAAAAGUAGUUGAAGUGUGAUGAGGCAGGCCCACCAGGUAAAAUAAUGGGUUAUAAAAAUGAGGGGUUUUUUUUUACACAGCAACUGAGUUUAAAAUGUCAAUUGUAUGUGCACAAAUAAAGUUGAAUUAGAUUGGUCUCAGUAGGGGAAUUCUGGCUCAAGGACACUUCAGCAGUCUAGAUCUUUGAAGAUCCAGUCUUUAAACGUCCUUAAAGAGAAUAACUAAAUAAACGUAUCUUUGAGUCUGUAUGUAUACAUUUGUAGACUCUGUUUAACUCGUCUUCCGUUAGCAGUAAUUAAAGAUGAAAACUGAUCAAAUGUCCAUGUAAAGUGAGGGCAGACAGAGAAGUUUUUCUUUGGACAUCCAUGACUCGUGACUAAUUAUACCUCCAGUCAUUUGUUAUUCAGCUGAACCCAGAUCCCUUGAUACAACACUGUGCGAUAUAGCAGACAAGCAAAUUAAGAAGCAGGAGUCAGUAGGCCUUUUCCACAGCAGACAUUUUACUUGUCAUAGCAGAAAAAACACAGGUGUAACUAAUAACAUUAAUAAUGGCUCUUCUAUUCAAGUGUCCCAGUAAGCCAUGACAGCAUGACAAUGUGUGUGUGUUUACAUGUGCACAAGUAUCCUAGUUAUGAUCAGGUUUUUGGAGUAUCCUGGUUAUGAGUGGCACAUGUAAACACAACAUCCCGGUUUCAGAAACCUGGAUAUGUAACUGUGAUACUGUGGCAUGUGAGCACCUUAUGUUGGUUUCUGCUAAUUCUGGUGGGAAAUCGAGACACAAACUGCACGCAGAUUAUGAGAAACCUGAUACUGUUAGAAUCAUGCAUACAGAGAUGUGAAUAACCAGGUUUCUCUUGUUCCAUUCAUCAUAUCCUGAAAAUGAUAAAAACCAGGAUAAGACUCAAAACCAGGAUACUUGUGUGCAUGUAAACACGCUCAAUGAGCCAGCAUCCACAAUACCAGGACCCUGAAA